CAUCUCACAAAUUGAAAGAAAAAAAUAAUAAUAAAAAGGAAAAACGGUGACAUGUUAUUUUCAUUUGAUGGCAGAGAAAAUUUCAGACCAUAGCAGUGGAGAUGUGGCAGACGAAUUUUAUUAUUUAUUCAAGGAGGACAUUGCUCGUAUGAAAGAAAUCGGUUUGGACUCAUUCAGAUUCUCCAGUUCUUGGCCUAGAAUUUCACCUUGUGGCUCGGGCCUGAACUUGGGGUCUAAGGUGGCUCUAGCUGUGACUCAAGGUCCAAAGCAGCUCAAGGGAAUAACUUAAAUAAUGAUUGAUAUAUCUUUUAGUUUAACACAGAUCAUAAUAUAAUUAAUAAAAAUUUAUUAUUUUU